AUGUUUAGAUAUUCAACCGUACGCUCAAUUACCCCUUAUUCACGCCAAUUUUCAAGCACCGCUCGCGCUCUUUUUGCUCCGGGUACCCGCAUCCCAGCUGGCCUUCAAGGUAUCCAUGAAAAUUCACCCGGUAACAGUGUCGAAAUAGCUGACCAAGUUUCAAACGGUAAGUUUAUUAUUGUCGGAGUUCCAGCGGCAUUUUCACCCGCUUGUUCUGCCAAGCAUGUCCCAGGCUACAUUAAAUUACUUCCUGAAUUCAAGAAGAAGGGAAUUACAGAGAUCUUUGUUACAGCAGUUAAUGACUCUUUCGUUACCAAGGCGUGGGCUGAGCAACUAAAAUGUCCUCCUGGAAUUAGGAUGCUAGCAGACACUCAAGGUACCUUUGCAAAUGCUGGAGGACUUUUAUUUGACUCCAUAAACAUAUUUGGUAACCGCAGAUCCGUUCGUUAUGCUCUAGUUGUAGAUAACGGAAAGGUAACUGCUCAGUUUGUUGAACCGGACAAAAUAGGAGUGGAUGUAACAUCCGCCGAGUCUGUCUAUGAGUCUUUAUAG